CUUCAAUAUGCCAAAUGCUCAAACCCUUCGGAUUUCCCUCUUCUCUCACUCUAUAAUUAAUCUUUAUACCCCACUUCACUCUCCCCCACCUUCAACGAACUCAAACUCAGAUUCUCUCUGAAGACCUGAGGGAGAUUUUGUCACCCUCCGGCGUAAUGGCCAAGACCCUGUCUUUACCGGAAGCUGCAGAAUUGAAAAUCCCAGUCUUCACGGUGCUGAAGAACGGUGCCAUUCUCAAGAACGUCUUCAUCGUCAACAAAUCCCCUGAACCAGAACCCCUAGCUUCUUCCGUUCUAUAUCAUGACCGCCACGAUCACAUCUUGAUCGUUGGGCGACAUCCUGAUUGCAACAUCAUGCUCACUCAUCCCAGCAUUAGCAGAUUUCACCUCCAGAUUCAGUCCAAUCCUUGUUCGCAGAAGCUCUUUGUGAUCGAUUUAUCUUCCGUGCACGGGACGUGGGUAUCGGGAAGGAAGAUUGAGCCUGGUAUGAGGGUGGAAAUGAAGGAGGGCGACACGUUAAGAAUUGGGGCUUCCAGUAGACUUUAUCGGCUGCAUUGGAUUCCCAUAAGCCGUGCCUAUGAUUUGGAAAAUCCCUUUGCAUCGGAAUUGGAUAUGACUGUGGAAGCAGAAAAAGGACAGGAGGAUGAUGCAUUGCCUGACGAAGAAGAAGAAGAAGAAGAAGAAGAAGAGAUGACGCAGGAUGAAAGCUUUUGUCAAGUAGAUAAUGAAGAAGUUCAAUCAGUGGAUUCAAUACUGGAGUCUAUCUAUUGUUUAUUCACUGAUGAGAAUUUAGAGUUCAUUGCUAAGAAAGAAAUUCCUUCACAAGACAGCCUUUCUUUUUACUGUCAUGAAGAGGAGAAUUGCCCAGCUGAUGACCACCCAGGAGCUAAAACUACUGUUGGCCUCUUUGGAACUGAAAUAUCAUAUGUGCCUACAAACUAUCACAGUCAAAGCAAAGUGUGUGACACAGAUUUGCAAGUUCUAUCGCCACCUCAUGUAAGUGGUAAUCUGAAUACCACCUCUCAGGGACCACAGAAAAUGCCUAAUUUUUCUGUGAACAGGGGAUCUUUAUUCCAUGUUGAAGAGGAAUUUCAGGGCUAUUCUGAAGCAGAGGUUCCCAAAGAGACCAACAUUUUAAGCACGUUGGGCGAUUAUUUGAGAGAAAGCAUCUGUUUGCCAGUUGUUGAAGCUGUCCAAGGGACCAAAAUGCAGCAAUUUCAAGAUGAUCAGCAAAUUGCUCCAUUAGGUACAUUUACUUCACAAUUACCACCUGUUGAGCAGAAGGUUCCCUUCGAAAAGCAUAGGUCCAACAAGCUAACAAAUCUAGAUCCUGCAUCUUUUGAUAUAGCAGGUUCACUUGUAGCGGCUGAAAUGCCUAGAGAAACUCGGUCUGUAUGUACACUGGGAGAUAAUGAUAGAGGGGCCUACAUUAUAACAAGUGGGGCAGAGAAUCUACUAACUGAUAGUACUUUCUUGACAGUUGAAGAAGCUACUCGAGAAACCAAAUUUCAACCAAUUGACGUUGCUUUGGAUUCAUUACCUGGUAGUGAAGAACAAAUUCAUUGUUGCCAAGACCGUAAGCCAAACCAGAAUUCUAUCGCUUGCCAUGAGCAAGGGCACUCAAUGGAUGGAAUAGUUCAAGCUAUUGGUGACAAUGGCAACAAUAACAUCUCUUUCAUUUCUCUUCCAGCCGAAUCCUCAAUUACAUCAUUGUCUGAGGAAUCUAACAUGGAGAUUUCAAACAAGAAAGAGAACCAGACCCAACAAUUUCUAGCUGCUACAGCAGGAUGCUCUGAGAAGAAAAUUCUUGAAAAAAGUGCAGAGUCUACUGAAAAUGAUUUCUUGUGUAAUAAUAAUAAUAACAUUUGGUCAAGGAGAGGUAAAGCUACAAGUGCCCCUCAGAUUCAGACCAGUAAGAGUCGAGUGAAGAGCAAAGCUAACGUUGAUAAUCAAGUUGAAGUGAGCUACCAAAAGGAUAUCAAAAAGAAAGCAAAAGCGAAGGAUGUUUUAUCAGUUUCAGAUGGGGAUGAAGAAGAAGAAAUCUUCACUCCAGAUAAGGAAAACUUCAGCCCAAAUGCUCUGAAACUGCGGUUCCAGAAGAAGGGAAAGCUGGAAGAAAUCAAACAUUUCAAGUCACGACAAAGGUCACACAAUUCCAAGGAUUACUUAAGCCCUGAGAUCUAUCUGGGUGAGAUCCCCGUUUCAGAAAAAGAGAACCUGAAUCUAGAAGUUGCCCAUGGACAGAAGUCAGAAAGAAAGCCAUUUGGAAGUUAUAUCAAGUUGGAGCAGAAUGUUAUAGAUAUGAGCAAUCAGGAGAAUAUCACAGAUAAAACGGUUCCAAAGAAUCUUUUAUCUGAUUUAGAUGAGGAAGAAGAAGAAUACCAUACUCUAGAUAAGGAAAAUUUUAGCCCAAAUACCCUUCAAUUGUUGUUACUGGAAAAUAAAAGUAAACUAGAAGAACCUACACAUUCCAAGUUACAAAAAGCACGCAGUUCAAAUGCUAAUUUUAUCUCCAAAAGCACUUCAGGCAAAGAGAACCAGACAUCAGUUGCCAGAGAACAGAAGUCAAAAAGAAGACCCUUUGGCAGUUGUAUCGAGUUGGGGGAAGAUCAAGGCGCUGUGGCACGGGAAAACAGAUUGGAAAGGUUACCCUUACAAUCACUUCUUACAAACUCCGGAGGCAAGAGCAGACCAGAGACAUCUCGUUCUGUUUCUGCUGCAAAAAACAUCAGUGCCAUUACCUGUGCACAUAUUUUGGAUGAGAGCAAUAACCCUUCUCAUGUCAGUGAGAGGAGCUGGAACAUGGUUGUUGACACUGCAUCUCUUCUGAACAAGGAGUCUAGGAAAGCUCUGAUGCUUUUGCAGGGUCUCAAGGGAACUCGUUUAAUCAUUCCAAGGAUAGUUAUAAAAGAACUGGACGGCAUUAAGCGACAGUUUAGUUUCUUUAGAAGAACUUCAGAGGCUUCUUUGGCAUUGGAAUGGAUUGAGGAAUGCAUGAUGAAGACAAAGUGGUGGAUUCAUGUCCAAAGCUCAAUAGACGAGGGAAUGCUGAUCGCUCCCACACCACCUGCUACUCCACGUACUCAAUUUAAUGAAGAGGGUUGGAAUUUUUACCUUUCAUCCCACAAGAGCUCAAUGGAAAUUGUUUCACCAACAACUGAGGAUCAUAUCCUUGACUAUGUUCUUACGCAUAGAAGAAAGCAAAACGAUGGACAGUUUGUGCUUCUUAGCGACGAUGUCACCUUGAAAAUCAAAUCCAUGGCAGAGGGGUUGCCAUGUGAGACGGUGCAGGAAUUUCGUGAUAGUCUAGUGAACCCAUUCUCUGAGAGGUUCCUGUGGGUCAAUAGCUCUCCUCGAGGACAGACUUGGUGUUGCCAGGAUGAUGUCGUUUUAAGGCAGAAAUAUUAUCGUUUCCCUUCGAGGAAAUCAUCGAAGGGAGAAGGUGCCAAGGGUCUGAAGCUUAUUCUGCUUCACAAUUCUCGUUACAGGCCAUUCAGUUCCGCCCGCUAAACAGCUCGGUUUAGCCUUACAUUUCAUUUUGCAUUUGAUCCAAAAUGCUGUGACUAAUUGCUGGUCAUAAAUAUAUAAUGCAUAAGCUUUAGGGGAAGCAAGGUUGAGUUUUGGUCUGUGUUUAAUUCUGCCUGAUUGUACAAGAACUUCGUUUAACCUACCUUGCAUUUGCAAUGCCUUUGCAUGAAAAA